AGAAGUCCACUAGAACAUUUCUCAGUGUGUGGGAAAGAGCAAAAGAAGAGUAGAAGUGAAGCGAAGCUCCAGUCCACGAUGAAGAUCCUCCUCAUCUUCACCCUCUCCCUAAUAUCAGGUCCAGUGGGCUGUGUUGAUGUGAUUGGCUACUCAGGAGGAAGCAUCAUUUUAAUCUCUAAUGUCUACUCUAGUUCAGCAAAGAGUAAUUAUAUUUGUAAGGUGGAAAACAGAGAAUGCACAGAUAUAAUACGUUUGAACACUGGAAAGAACGAUUUUCAAGUGGAAAGAUUCAUGCUGUAUAAAAACACAGAAGGAUUCUUAACAGCGUUUAUCAGAAAGCUGAAGCCACAGGAUGCUGGAAUGUACAGAAUGGGAGCAGGAACUCAGAGAUACACUGAUGUGACCCUGAAAGUUGUUAAUGAUUCUUGUUGUGCGGGGCCAAAAAUAAUGAACGCUUAUCGAGGACAGAAUACCAGCAUCAUCUGUAACUAUCCAGUGGUGUAUGAGCGAGACUAUAAGUAUAUCCAGAAACUUGAUAAUGACAGUGUUAUUAGAGCCAUUCUAGAUCCUGGAUCAAAAUCUCAGAACAGCAGAUUCUCCUUUUCUGAUGACAGAAGUGCUAAAGUUCUCAGUGUGAGCAUCAUUGAUGUGAGAGAAGCUGAUGAUGGAGUUUAUUUAUGUGGAGUGUAUAACACAGAAGUCCAGUAUUUCUCCUACUUCACAGAGAUUCAGCUGCAUGUUAGAGCACUGACAGACAUCCCAUCUGAUGUAGUGGAUUUGAGUUCUUCUGUCAUCAUCAUCAGUGUGUGUGUCUGUGUGGCUCUGCUGCUGAUUGGAGGAUUUGCACUGAUGGUCUACAAACUGAGACACAAGAGAACACAAAGUUCAGGAGCUUCAUCCCAAGACAAUGAACAGGCUCCUUCUGUUUAUGAAAAUGACCUGGCUAAUUUACCCCCAUAUGAAAACUUGAACUUCACAAUGAGAUUGAAUCAUCAGAAACUGGAUUCAUUUACAAGCCAAUCAGAUUCAACGUACCAAACACUGGACCCCCUCACCAACCAAUCCGAUUCAGGUUAUGCAUCUCUGACUAACACCACCGACCAAUCACAUUCACACUACCAAUGUCUGAAUACUAGAACUCAGACUAACUCUAUUUACCACACCCUUCAUUCUUAAUGCUUACUUUUUCAUUUAUUCUUUUUAUUAUGACGUGAGGUUAUUGAUUAAAAAUGUAAUUGUUGGUAAAUUGCUGUGGUAUAUGUUUGGACAUGUUGUUAUUGGAAAAUAAUCACCUCAGGGUGGUAAUAGUAACUCCCCAUAACUGAUUAUUUUCCUAUAACAGCACACUUCAUUGUGUUUUUCUGUACUUCACACACUGCAUCUCAAAAACAUUGCAAAUGUUAUGUAAAAAAAAUGUAAAAUGUAAUACAUAUCAUCUAUAUGUGAAUGAAAUGUUGGUGACACGGUGAAAUGGUAUAACUGACCACAUAGCUGGUGAAGAUUGUAUCAUAACACCUGAGUGAAACUCUGUGUCACAUAAAUAUCAGUAUUAUAAGUGUAUUUGCAUAUUAAGUGAAAUUUGAUUGCAAAUUCAUAUAAAGAAAAAAAACAAUAAAUUAUUGUUA